AUGGGAACAGAUCCAUCAGUGCUGCUGCACAACACUAUCACCCUGGCACCGAUACCUUUGCCUGGACAUCUCCGACCUAUGCCUUCUCCCGAGCAGAAUAUGUUUUCCAAAAUGCUGCUGUCUGCCAUCAGCUUCCUGCUUGCUAGUUUGAAGUAUUUCUUCUUCUCUACGAUGCAAUUCGUUCCAGGUUUAAAGAAUUCCUUGCACAGCCCAUUGAAAGAACAAAUCACCUUCCACAGCCCCAGAGGUUUGCAAUGCAUUUCACCCUUAAUCCAGACUGUAGAGGAGACUCCUCACCCCAUCCCAGCAAAGAUCAAAGGACAUAUUCCCAAAUGGAUUAAUGGCAAACUCCUGAGGAAUGGCCCUGGGAAGUUUGAGUUUGGUGAAGAGAAGUUUAACCACUGGUUUGAUGGCAUGGCCCUGCUGCAUCAGUUCCAGCUGGAGAACGGCUCGGUGCUGUACCGCAGCCGGUUCCUGCAGAGCAGCUCCUACCUCACCAACAGCCGCCACAACCGCAUCGUGCUCUCUGAGUUUGGGACCCUGGCAAUGCCAGACCCAUGCAAGAGUGUCUUUGAGCGCUUCCUGUCACGCUUUGAGAUGCCACAACCAAGUGACAAUGCCAGUGUGAACUACGUUGUGUACAAAGGAGAUUAUUAUGUCAGCAAUGAGAACAUCUUCAUGUACAAAGUGGACCCAGAAACACUUGAAACGAAGGAAAAGGUAGACUGGAGCAAAUUUAUUGCAGUCAAUGGAGCCACUGCUCAUCCUCAUUAUGAGUCUGAUGGGACAACAUACAACAUGGGCAAUUCCUAUGGAAAAAAUGGAUCCAGGUACAACAUCCUCCAGGUUCCUCCACAGAAGUCAAACUGUACUGACACACUAGAGGGAGUCAAAGUGCUUUGCUCCAUUGCUCCAAUGAAUCAGAUGAAACCCUCCUACUAUCACAGCUUUGGAAUGAGUGAAAACUACAUCAUUUUCAUUGAGCAACCCAUCAAACUUAAUCUGUUGCAGAUUGUCACUUCCAAACUCCGUGGGAAAGCCAUUUUUGAUGGAAUAAGCUGGGAGCCUCAGUUCAAUACUUAUUUCCAUGUGGUGAAUAAGCACACUGGGGAGGUGCUGCCAGGGCAGUGGUGCAGUAAGCCCUUUGCUUCUUUCCAUCAAAUCAAUGCCUUUGAGGAUCAUGGCUGUGUGGUCCUUGAUCUGUGCUGCCAGGAUGAUGGAACAACUCUGGCUGCUUACAAACUGCAGAACCUGAGGAGGAGAGGAGAAGCUCUGGAUCGAAUUUAUGACUCCAUCUCCCGAGCUUUCCCUCGCCGCUUCGUGCUCCCUCUGCACGUGAACUCAGACACCCCUGUGGGUAAGAAUCUGAACCCACUCCCUUACACAUUGGCAAGGGCUGUGAAAGAUGCAGAUGGCAAGGUCUGGUGCACACACGAAAAUCUUUACUCUGAUGACUUUGAAAAGUUUGGGGGCCUGGAGUUCCCCCAGAUCAACUACUCCCGGUGCAAUGGGAGGAAGUACAGGUACUUCUAUGGAUGUGGCUUUCGGCAUUUGGUUGGGGAUUCCUUGGUCAAGGUUGACAUAGAGACCAAGAAUUUCAAGGUUUGGCAGGAGGAUGGAUGCUACCCCUCAGAACCUGUGUUUGUGCCAGUGCCCAAUGCCAUGGCAGAAGACAGUGGAGUCAUCUUGUCUGUGGUGGUCUCCCCCACUGAGAAUCAAAGUGCUUUCCUGCUUGUCCUGGAUGCAGAGACCUUCAGAGAACUGGGCCGAGCAGAGGUCGCAGUGCAAAUGCCUUAUGGGUUCCAUGGUAUCUUUACCUCCCACUGA